AUGAGGAGGAAUAGAUCGAAAGACUUUGUUUCAGGUAUCAAUCAUCCGAUAAAUUUCACUAUUGAACCGAUGAUCGUCGAUUCCUGGGUACUUAACGUGAAUCUAAACUUCGUGAAUGGUACUGAAUAUCUUAGGAACUCAGCCUUCAGUGGAUUUUCGAACUGCACAAUUAUGUCUGCCUCAUAUAAUCCACAAAAUUACACCCUUGUGUACACUUCAUACUAUCCCCAUAUUUUGGAGACUGGGUUUUCCUACAAUUGGGGCACGAUUUCCUUCGAGGAUGGAAGUACUGAUGCAAUUUACGGAAGGGGUGGAUAUGAUAGACAUUUAUAUGGCUCGAAUAUCACGCACAGGAUAACCUUUGUUCCAGUCCACAGAGACCAUGGAGUUGAAUACUUGCAGGUCCAGCGCUACGAACUUGAUUCGUAUGGGGUUAGAGAUACCUCAGUACACUGGCAAAAUUUAUACGAAGGUGACACAAUCCGCGCCAAUAGAGCAUUCAAUAGACUUGCCCAAAACCCAAUGGAAAUAGGUGCUGCCGUAGAAGGAACAUUGAGAGAAGGGAUGACCAAUAUGUUUAGACUAUACACCGAACAAUUGAUUAGCAGCGUGCCAUUAAGACAACUUCGCAGACAUUUUGUUAACCACUCUUAG